AUGGGAAUUGAUAGAGGGACUCAGAAUGUUGUACAAUUAUCGAUUGCUUUUAUGUUAUUAUUUUUUGCAUAUAUGUCACAAGGUAAGUAACAUAAAUUAUGACGUGGCAAUUCUAAACCCAUAUUUUCAGAAUUCCUGCAAGAACCAUUAAUUGAAAGUGAAGCAAAACAUCGUGGAACAAUCGAUAUUCAUGCGGGUUACAAUAGUCUUGCAAUUUUAUAUUUUUUCUUCACAUUAGCAUGUUUUGUGGUAACUCCAAUAAUCGAUAAAUUUGGUGCAAAAUGGACAAUGGUUGUUGGAAUGAUAUCUUAUAUCACAUUUCAAAUUGGAUUUUUCCACAUCAAUACGGUUUAUUUGUAUACAAGUAGUGCUUUUCUGGGAAUUGGUGCUUCGUUUUUGUGGGUUGGACAAGGAAAAUAUUUGACGGAUAAUUGUAAUGUGAAAACUAUUGAGAGGAAUACAUCGAUGAUGUGGUGUAUUUUGAAAGUUUCUUUGUUGACUGGAGGAAUAUUUUUGUAUUUUAUGUUUCGGAAUCAAACAUUGACUGAUGUUAUUGAAAAUAAUCGAGUUAGUAGGUUUUGGAGAUUUGAAAGUUAACCUCUGCCCCUUUAAAUCAGAACUUUUUUUUAAAAUUUUUCCAGGUCAAAUAUUUUUGCAUGGUCUAUAUUAUAAUCUCGGCUCUUGCAAUGCUUAUUAUAAUAUUCCUUCGCCCUUCCGAAUACACGCCAACAAAUAAACCAACCGAAACACUUUCUGAAACCCUGAAGGCAACUUUCCAACUCCUCGCAACCCAUAAAAUGUGCCUUCUUGCUGUUAUUUUCAUUUACACCGGUUUUUCUCGCUCAUUUUGGAUUUCAAUUUAUCCAUCCUCUAUCAAAUUUACAUCAAAACUCGGGGGAAAUACAACACAAAUAAUGGCAAUUGCUUGUAUUUCGACUGGAAUUGGACAAGUUGCAGCUGGUUUAUUUAUGACAAUAAUUGGAAAAAGAGCAAAGAAAUUAGGAAAGGAUUUGAUUAUGGUUUUUGCACUUUUUAUUCAUUUGAUUGUUUUUGGAUUGAUUUAUUGUUUCUUUCCAUAUGAUGCUUCUCUUCAUCAAACUGAAAAUGUUGGAAUUUUCGAGCCGAAGUGAGUUUGAAAUUAAGUAAUUUGGAAAUGAUAUUGAUUUCCAGUAUAUAUGUUGCCAAUCUUUGUUCAUUCUUCCUGGGAGUCGGAGAUGCAAUAAUUCAAACACAAACUUUGGCAUUUUUAUGUGAUGGUUAUUCGAAUGAAUCAUCUCAAGCGUUUGCUCUUUUCAAAUUUUACAGUGUAAGUUAUUUCUAGACUUCUGAAGAGAAAUCCAACAUAUUUUUGCAGGGUGUCUCCUCAACACUUGCUUUCUUUAUUUCUCCAUAUUUCACCCUUCCAAUGCAUCUCAUUCUCUACGGUUUAUUCGCAGUUUUAUCUGCAAUUUGUGCAAUAAUUGCACAACGAGUUUAUUUUCAUAAAAUUCAACAUUUUCAUCAAGGUGAAAAACCAGAACUUGAUUGUGAGCAUAAAUUUUGAGUUUGAAAUUUUUUUGUUAUAAGUAAUAUUUAUUUUUCACAUAAAUAAAUUAGGUUUUUCUUUGACUUUCUGUACUUAGAUCACUAAAAUUGAUAGAAGUUAUUCUAAAUUCAGACUAAUUUUAAAAAAUUCACGUUUUUUCAUCAAAAAAAAAAUUCAAAAAAAAAAUUAAAGCCAACGCGACAACGUGAACUAGAAAAAUUGAGUAUAAAAAUGGGCGUCUCACAAUAAACCCUCAGUUUUUAUCGAGCAAAAAUUCGAAGUCGACUUCAAAAAUCACUUCAAUUGAAAUUUAUUCGAAAUCAUCUUUGCUGAAAUGGGCCUUAAAGAGAAAUUGAAAAACUUAGCGAAAACCGCAAAAUCGCCCGGAGGAGCAAAGAAUAAAGGAAGUGUAAAAGAAGGCAGCUUCAAAUCGGUAAGAAAAUUAGCAUUGUUAUUUUCUCUGAUAUUUCAAAAAAAAAAAUGGUUUUCAGAGAACACCAACUGCCAAAGAAGCCAAAAAUUACGAUGACAGGAUGAUGAGAAAGUACAAUCUCACAAAAGAGCAGCUCAAAAUGGCUAAGUUAGUAAACGUUUAAACAUUUGGGUGGAAAAUGCAUUAAAAAAUAAAUAGUUUGGAGGAAAAGUAGUACUGUAGUCAAAGGAACACACUUAAGAGCUUCUUGGGUCUCGCAGCUCGUGUGUUUUUUUUCAAAAAAUAAUUGGCGUGUUGGGCAGCUUGUCUAAAACGGCGUUUCCCAAAUAACCUGGAUUUUUGCAGGCAAGAAGCGCAUCAACAACGCGAAAACUGGAUCAAGUACAAAAAGGAGCAGGUGCUUGACAUAUUCGGCUCGAAAAGCAAAUAUGUCUCGAAAUCCGCCAAAUCUGAUGUGAUGCAUCCACACGCUCUGCGAAAAGUAACAACUGUGAUAAAUAAGGAGGGCAAGGAGAUUCCGAUCGAAUUUGGAAAACGACUCGAAAUCCUUCUUGAAUUACAUCGCCCAAAUCCGAAAUUCAACAUCAUCAAAUCACAAGUUUCGACGGAGAAAUCGAAAAAUGCGCAAGCUUCAAAGUUCAAACAACGCCAUAAGCUGGGAAAUCAGAAAGGUCGAAGCAAGGAUAAAAAAGAUAAAUAUAAUCAGAUGAGAAGUUCGAUUGAUGGUGGAGGAACAACUGGAACAAAUGGAGGAGUUGACACAACUGGAUCUGCUAAUAUUGAAAGUUCUAAUAAGGAAAAUAAUGGGAGUUCCAAUAAAUCAGGCAGUGAUUCAAAGAAAAAUCAGGAUGAUGAUCGUAAGAUUUUUGUUGUAUUGUUUAGUGCUGAUUUUCAAUUGUUUUAUACAUUCAGAUAUCAAUUCAACUGAUCCUUCUCGCAAAUUGUUUCCCAAAGAUUGGUAUGCUUUGUCAUCUUCGCGAAUUUUGGUCAAGAAAGGUCGAUUGAUUUUUUGGCAGGCUGAGGAGUGAGUUUUCUACCCCAAAAGGUUGACUGGAAUUUGAGGGCUGAAUUUUUGAUAUCUCAAAAUCCACCAGUUUCCACGAAGUUUUCACCAAAACAUCCUAUUUUUUCAGAGGCGACGAACAAACUCAAGAUUUCACGGAUGACGAUCAAAAAUUCUCAGUCACCACCGAUGUUGUUUUGGAAGUUUUGGAAGGAAAACGUGAAGUCAAAACAACGAAUUUGAAAGAACCCGGCGAUGGAUUUGGUGAUUUGAAACAAAUCAAUGAUGAUUAUAAAAAAUCGUCGCUUCCAAAUCCAUUGUUCGACAAUACGCUAAAAGGAACUGUCGAUUUCGAGUCGAAGAAACCGAAAGAUGCAAAAAGUGCAAUGUCGAUUCGUUCGUCGAAAAAUCAAUGGGAAAAGAAUUGUGAAGUGUUUGUUUUCAAAGGCGAAACAAUGAAACGUUUGAAGAAUACGAAAGUUGUCAGAAAAACUGAGAUUCUUGAGGAUAUUAUCCGAAAACCUGAUGAAUAA